AUGGGAGGCUUUGAGGGCCAUCUGUAUCCAGGGCUGUCUCUCUUCUUCUAUGGACUUUACCAUGCACGACUGGUCUCCAGGGCCUUGAUAUGCAAUGCCCCUGUCCAGUACCCUCCACGCCAUCCCUGGAACAAAGGAAGAUGGGCAAGGCUACGGCAAAUAUGCUAUGUGGGGUUGCUGAAGAUACUGAGCGCCUGCAUUUUAGUAGCCCAAGAGUUGCAUAGCAUUCCUACACAGUUUGUACUUAUCAGCAAGAUAUAUCAUCAGAGAAACUUUAUGUACCGCAAACAGUGGCAGCAUCUCACUUUCUACAUGACCAUCUUCCUGAGUGGGUGUGUAGACGUGGUGAGCCAGAACCUGCUGCCCCAGAGGUGUGCUGCUCUCGAGCAAAGUGUCCAAGCCCUGGGCGUGUUCAUCUCUCUGCCCCUGAUGGUGUCUCACAUGCAGGACACAGAAGGAGUGGAGCUGCAGUCUCACAUGCUGCUCACCCAGGCCAUGUUCCUGCUGAUGCUGGUGGUGAUCGCAGAGCUGUGGGCUCCCAAUGUGCCGUUGGUCUGGAUGAUGAAGGCCUUUUUGUAUACGAUCACAGGCUCUUGGCUGAUGCAGAUGGGGUUUAUGCUGUACAAACCCAUCUCUGGCUAUAAAUGGAUGGAUGACGAUGAAAAUGACAUUGCGUUUGUCACCACCUUCUUCUGCUGGCAUGUGGUCUUCAGUGCCAUUUUGAUGAUCUGGAUCUACAGCUUCUCCUUUUUGUGGUAUUGUUACAUUUUUGUUAAUGGCUGA